CCCCUCAUUUUCCCCUUUCUCUCUCACACACUCACGCACUUCUUACUUUCUCUCUCUUAAAAGCGAAAAAGCUCAUCCCCCAUUUCUCUCGCCCGACUCAAAAACCCUAGAAUUUGCCCAAUUUUGAACGAUCGAUUUUCAGCUCCAUUUUUCACUCGCGCAAGAUUCACGACAUUUUGAGGCUGGAAAAUUGAUUGCGGAUUGAUGCUUGGGUUUGGACAACAGUCAUGAAGCUUUAUUUUUUAUUUUGAUGAAUUAUUUGCUGCAACAUAAGCAGAGUAAUAGAGAAGUAUUCUUGAAACUCUUGUUAGAUCAUUAUUUUGUUGAUUUAUGCCGAGCACACUAAGUGCGAGGAUUUUGGGUUCUAAUCAUCUAUGCCUGGCAACGAAGUUGGAGAUAGAGUUCACAAUUUUUUUGCACAAGAUAAUUUGCCCCAGGGACAGAAUCAUACACAAGCUCUGGAUGGGAAUUGGUCUGUCUUAAGUAGUAAUUUGUGGCCUGGAAGCCAGAGACAAGUUGGUCUAAUAAGUACCACCACAAAAAACUACAAUCUACAGCAAUCAGGUAGUAGUGAUAGAGGACAGGUUGGUAACCCAUUCCAUGGAUCACAUGGCUUGACCUUUGCUCUAUCAUCUCCAAGGCCUGAAUUUGGUAAGAGUCAGACGCAAAGCCAUCAACCAAAUUUCAAUGUCAUGUAUGGCAAUCAGUUCUACCAGACGAGGCAAGAUGAAACAAAUUUUCUGUCAAUGGAUACAAGUUCCGAUCAGCGUAAUCUAACCUCGAGAACUAUAGGAUCACAACAAGUUAGUGCUCCUGAAAAUCAAGGAAAAUCUUCAGUUAGGUCCGAUACGUCUGGACCCCCUGUAGGUUUUGACUUUUUUGGUGGUCAACAGCAGAUGAACCAUCAGCAAUUAAGUAUGCUGCAGUCUUUGCAGCAUCAGUCGCCUGGGCCAAAUGAUAUCCAAGUGCAGCAAUUUAUGCUCAUGAGGAUGCAGGAGCUUCAAAGGCAGCAGCAACUUCAGCAAAUGGAUGCAAGGCAGCAGGGUCUACUUAAUCAGAUGCCUCCCUUUGCCAAACAGUCAUCUGGUAGCCAACCCACUCCUCUGAUUAGCAGUGCUGUCAACUCUGAUGCAUUGGGUUACCAUUGGGCAAGUGAGUUUGGUAAUGCAAACUGGGUGCAGCAGCAUCCACCAGCUAUGCAAGGAUCCUCAAAUGGACUUGUUUUUUCACCCAAUCAAGGUCAGACACAGCGAAUGGUAGAUUUAGUUCCUCAACAGGUUGAACAAUCUCUUUAUGGAGUUCCUAUAUCUAGCUCCAGAGGCAGUCUAAAUCAAUAUCCUCAGAUGGUGACAGAAAAACCUUCAGCUCAGCAACAAGUAAGCUUUGGUAACUCUCUUCCUGGUAACCAGUAUACAGCAUUUCCUGGUCAAGUUAGUAUGCACGAUAGGAAUUCAAUUGCUAGGCAGAGAUUUCAAGCUGAAAAUUCUUUUGGACAUGGUUCUGGUCAAGCUUUAGGUAGUGGAAUAGAUAUGGAGAAUGUCCACCAAGCGAACUCCAUGCAGAGAAAUGAACAGACAGGGGAAUUCCGUCGGAGGCAGGAACAACUGGUUCCACCUGAGACCUUGCAGGGAAAAACAGAGAGACAAGAUAUUGCUUCAAGGGAUGAUGUUACCUUAGAUCCUACAGAAGAGCGGAUUUUGUAUGGUUCAGAUGAUAUCUGGGCUGCCUUUGGAAAGGGCCCUAACAUGGGGGCAGAGGGCUCUAAUCCGUUCGAUGGUGCAGGAUUGAGUGGAUUUUCUUCCAUUCAAAGUGGCACUUGGAGUGCUCUUAUGCAGUCUGCUGUUGCAGAAACUUCUGGUAGUGACACUGGGUUACAAGAAGAAUGGAGUGGUUUAACGUUUCAAAAUAAUGAUAUUCCUUCAGGGAAUCAGCAUGUACUGUCAUGUGAUGAUGGUAGGAAGCUGCAGACACCUUUGGCCAAUGACCAUUUGCCCAUGGCAUCAUCUUUUGCUUCAGGAACCGCUCCUCCAUCAGGUGACUCAAACAUGGUGAAAAACUAUCAGAAUGCCCUGGGAUUCCAGCAAUUUGAACGCAAAUUUUCAUAUGAAACUGCUCAAAGACUGCAGGCAAAUCCUUCUCAAGGACUUGAUCAAUCCUCUGCAGAUGGUGGAAGGUGGUCAAAUGGUAUUCCAGUUCUGAAGUCUGGUGCUGAAGGGAGUCAAUUGCAUGGAAAUUUAUCUCAUUCUCUUGAUGCUGAGAGCAGUGCAUCUAGACAACUGUUAAAUAAACCAAACGGCUGGAAUGUUUUUGGGUCCAUAACACCCUAUGAAGAUGCGGGAGUAACUGUUCAAGGGACUGAAAACUCAUUGCAACAUUCUCAAAGCAAUGAUCAUAAGCAAACUAUGCAUAGGGAAGUGGUUGAUGGUGGAGCCCUGUUUAACUCUCAUUCUGGUCGUGAUGCAGCAUCUGAAAUGGAGCAGGUAAAAUCUGCCUUGAGAAGUUCCCAAUUGAAUAAAGAGGGCUUUCGAUCAAAUAAUGCUGCUGCAUUAUCGGAUUCAAGUACCAUAAGGGCUGGUGAGGGAAGUAGUCAGUUUCUUCCAAACAGUUAUCAUCUCAAUUCUUGGAAAAAUGCUGAUCCAUUGGUUAAUUAUAAAGCUGGUGAAGUUCUAGGAGGUUCACAGCAUGGGAAUAAGAUUUGCUCUAGUAAGGAGGAAGGUAGAGGGCAUGAUAUGGAGAAUAGUGAUAAACAGGAGAACUCUAACGACAGCUACCGCUCUAAUAUGUCCCACCAUACUUCCGCUGGUGGUCAAAAGGAAAAUGCUGCUGCAGAUGCUAUUGAUUCAAGGACUUUGUCUGCUGGCAAUCAAAAGUCAUCCAAUCAAAUGGCUAGGAAAAAUCUGACUUCUCGGAAGUUUCAAUUUCAUCCCAUGGGAAACUUGGAUGAUGAUGUUGAACUUCCUUGUGGAUCAAAAAAGCCAAUCCAUUCACAGCCGGCGUCUCAUUUUGGGCAGUCAAAGUUAUUCAGUCAGGUGCCGAAAAAUUCAGUUGACACAGAAAAGGGGCAAUCAGCUGAUAUGCAAAGGAACAACAAAGGAUUUGAUGAGGUGCACUCCCCAGGCAACUUCCCCGGUUCAGUUCCCAAUAUAUCUUCUCCAUUCAACAGAUCUUUGGAUUUAGGCACACAAGACAAGACUUCUCAAUCGAGUCGAAACAUGCUAGAGCUACUUCACAAGGUUGAUCAGUCAAGGGAGCAUGCUGCUAUGAUGCAUGCCAUUGCUUCUGAGCCCAAUGCAGCGUCUGAGACAGCUCAAGCAGAAAACUCUGAUGGGUCUGUUAGUCGGCUUCAACGGAGCCAGUCUUCCAACUCUCAGGGCUUUGGUUUACAACUUGGUCCUCCAAUGCAACGGCUGCCAAUACCAAGCCAGUCCUUGUCCUCUCAAAACUCCCUGCAGGGCGUAAGCUCCUUGCUUCUAACCACCCAUGCUGCAUCUGAAAUUGGACAGAAGGGUCAAGCACCGUUGGUUCCCUCAUCUUUUGUUCAGUCUAUGCCUUCUUCCAGUGAAAGAUCGCUUGGAGAGAAUAAUAGAGCUGGAGUACCUGGUCAGACGGGCAGUCAAAGCUCCCCAUAUAACAUGACUGGAAACUUCUCUUCACCGUUUAAUUCUGGUUUUCCUCAUUCAAGAGGUCAGCUACAAAUUCAAGAGAUUGCUUGGGCUAGUGGACAGUUGUCAAGAUCUAGUCAAUCUCUGGAGACCUCUUUUCCUAAUGAGGCUGCGAGCAUUCCUCAAGGUAAUUUUGUUUUAUCAGGUACCAAGCAAAUCAGUACAAACAUUCUGCCUGGAAAAAUUCUAGCCACACAAGUUUCAGCUGGCAAGCCUGUACUUGUUUCUCAGCCUUCAACUGUGUCUAAUACUUCUCUGCAAGGCACCUCCUCUAAAGCAUUGCCAAAUAUGUGGAGCAAUGUCACUGCAGCACAACAUUUAUUGGGUGCUCAGUUUCGUAAGGUGUCUUCACAAUUUCCCCAGUCAAAUCAAACGAAUGUUGGAAAUUUAACUUCUGCUUCUCUAAAUCAAUGUGAUCAAGAUGGUAAACAAGGAAACCUUCAAUCUGAGUUUGGUGCAAAUUGUGUGAAUGCACAAGGCUUCCGUUCUGAGGAAGAACAGCUUACAAAGGAACGUGCUAGCCAGCAACCUUCAUCAGAAAAUAUGAACCUUGUUCAGAAGAUGAAUGAAUCACAGGGAAAGGAACCCAUUGUAAGGACUUUAUCAGAUGGAUCUGCUGCAAAUUCUGUAUCAACGCAAAGAGAUAUUGAAGCCUUUGGCCGGUCUCUGAAACCAAAUAACUUGCUUCAGCAAAAUUAUUCAUUGUUGAACCAAAUGCAGGCCAUGAAGAGUGCAGACGACGAUCCAAGCACUAGGGUCUUGAAAAGAAUGAAAGGAUCAGAUAAUGGUCUAGGUGGUCAGCUUGUACCUCCUAUAGCUGGGCAAUCAAAUGAUCUCACUGCUGUCGUUGGAGAUGCAUUAGUUCCCCGGAAGACACUUCCUUCUGUAGAUCCUACCAUGCUAAGCUUCUCAGCACCUGAAAAUAGUAUGGAAAGGAAUCUUGCUUCUGAACAUGGUAAUAUAGCGUCUCAGAGUGUGCUUGCAUUUAGUCGAGAUGGUUCUCAGAGCAGUAAUAGUGCUGCCUCGACCAAAAUUGACCACUCUAAGAUCAGUCCCCAGAUGGCUCCUUCCUGGUUUAAUCAGUAUGGAACCUUCAAAAAUGGGCAGAUCUUGCCUAUGUAUGAUGCACGCAAACCUGUCAUUUUUAAGACUGGGGAACAGCCUUUCACUCUUGGAAAAUCUUCCAGUGGCUUGCACACCCUCAAUUCAAUGGAGCCAUCGAGUGCUGCUGCUGUGGAAACGAAUCAAGUUGGUAGCAUCAGGCAUACGGCAACCCCCUCACUAGCAGCUGAGUAUUUAUCUUCUCAUAUUUUGCCUUCCAUUGCCAGUGGUCAGCAUCCAGUAAUAUCGAAAACCAAGAAGCGCAAGAGUGCUACUUAUGAACUUAAUCCCUGGCACAAAGAAGUGUCACAAGGUUCCCGAUGUCUUAAAAAUAUCAGCAUGGCAGAGAUUGGGUGGGCUAAAGCAGCAAACCGACUUGUUGACAAGGUUGAAGAUGAUGUUGAAUUGAUGGAAGAUGGAUCACUGAUGCUUAAACCAAAAAGAAGGCUUAUCUUGACAGCACAACUUAUGCAAAAAUUACUUCGCCCUCCACCAGCAGCAAUACUGUCUCUGGAUGCUAAUUUAGAGUAUGAGAGUGUGGGUUACUCGAUUUCUAGAUUAGCAUUAGGUGAUGCAUGCAGUCUUGUCUCACUCGCAAAUGACAAGUCCAAUAUGCUACGUGAUAGCAUAAACAGGGAUAUUGAUGAAUGCAGAACAUCAGAAAGCGUUGAAGAUCAGCUUCUGUUGAAAGUCAUGGAUGAUUUCACAGCAAGAGCAAGAAGGCUUGAAGAUGAAUUUUUGCGGUUGGACAAGAGAGUGUCAGUUUUGGACUUGGUAGUGGAAUGUCAAGAUCUAGAGAAGUUCUCGGUGAUUAAUCGUUUUGCUAAAUUCCAUGGACGAGGGCAGGCUGACAAUAAUGAGGCUGCAUCUUCGUCUAAUGCAGCUGCUAAUACUCAGAAACCCCAUCCUCAGAGAUAUGUUACUGCUCUUCCUUUGCCUAGGAAUCUCCCCACCAGAGUACAAUGUUGUUCAUUAUGAUUAUUAAUUAAAAUUUCCCCUUUUUCUGGCUGUCUCCUCACAUCCUCGCAUCCUUGGUACAUUUCGUGCUGGCUGUACACUGGCACUUGCACCAACACAGAAAAAGACAAUGAGAUUGCUGAAAGGAAGAGUGAAAGUACUAAAUUUGUCUCUUUGAAUGCGAUGUCAUUAUUGCGCAAUGUAAGUUCAGCUCCUGUACAUCUCUCUGGAAUUUGAAAGGACUUGGGGUGCCCCAUGAUUUUUGGUGAAAGUGGGGAGUAUACAAUUGCAGCCUGAUACAUCAAAGAUAUGCAAAAGUAGUUAGGAUAUAUAUAACACAUAAUAUAUUUCUCGUAUCAACUUGUAGCGCAUGUUUAAUGGCUACUUCAGCAAGGGUCGAGGUUCUUUAAAUUGGAUUAUCUUAGGAAAUUUGUUUGCCUGCAUGUCCUUGACUUGGUGGGUAUUAUUUUGCUCUGAAUGUAUAUUUGCUUUACAUGUUUUUACUUUUUCCUUGUUAUUUUGGGUCAGAAAAAUGCUAAGUUUGAUGCAGUGUACUUUGUAUUGGAUGCUUCUGGUGUUGGAAGAAGUUAGCUGCGGUUCUAUUUAAGAGUUGAUUAAUUGACUCAAUUGACAAAUUUGGCAGUAGUGAAGAUUUGUGUCUAUUGUGAGGAUCUACAAAGCUGCUAUUUGAGGUGGGUUUGAGAUUGACAUCUGUCAUUUUAAGCUUGUGGCACAUAUAUGUUGUACUGAAUGUUGGCCAUCUAUUGUCUCCUGAUUACUUUGUGAA